AUGGCCCUACCCUACGAUAGUGCGGCCUUAACCUUCCUUUUCAUGAAAUGUCAUGGAUCUGAAGCGAUCACCACGUUAGCCCCUCCUCUACUUAGAAGAAGGCGGAUCGACGAGAGGAGAAAGGACCUCACCCUGCCUCCUGGCCACCGACGUACGGGCCAUUUGGGCGCCAGAGUUAACAGACAAAUCACGAAGCCUUUUCCACGUCGGGAUGUACAAUCCAGCCAAAAGACCUCAGUGAUUGGAGAGAUCAGACAGUCCAGAGAGAAUGCAUUAGGUUGUCGGCACAAGAGCGGAGACAGGCAGAACAGCCAACAAAAUGCAAAUGCGAGAAAAUUGAGCGGUUGCGCCACAGACGAUGCAUGGGUGGCUUUGAAUGACGUUCCAACGGCAAAAGAUGAACCCAGCGAGGCAAUUGUUGUUGGGAGGUGGAUACAUUCUGGGGGACGGGGAAGCAGCAGCCCGACGCCCAGGAAUGGGCAGUGGCUUGUGCAACUCUGGGAGCAGUGCAGAAACAAAUGGGAGACACUAAAAAACGCGAUGAAGCCCUACACGGAACUUGGGAACGAAAGCUUGGGGAAUAUAGAUGUCCAGCUUACAGCAAAUCGCUAAGUCGUGCAUAAAUUUUCCAUAAUGAGCAUCCUAGAUGGUUGACGAUGACGCAAGCCUCGCGGACCUCUUCAAAGAAUGAACCGUUAGGUUCAUAUCAAAAUGUCGGCGAUCCCUUGCGCGUGUCUCGGUUGCAACUGGUGGAAAUACGUAAUUCUGGUCGCGAUUAUUUCCAACACGGCACUGACGCGAUCAAGACGCGAUUAAGUACCGC